AUGAAAAAAAUGACCAUUUUGUAUCAAACCAAGAUGUGCAAUUCUGAACGGGACGAAGUCGAUAGGAUACCAUCUAGAGAUAGAGCUACAAAUUGGGAUGUUGCAGGGUUUGUGUUUUCCAUUAUCAGCCACAUUGCAGAUGUAGUUUUCGACUGUAAUGUAGCCUACAGAUACUACGCUAACAAAGAAUUAGCCUAUUUCUUUGCCACUUUAUCCUUCAUUAUAAUACCUGCCAUCAUCAACACAGCUUUUAGUGUGAGAAUGUAUGUUCUAGACAACGGGAAUGUAAAUACGGGAACGAAUUUAACCAAAAGAUUUACUAGGAAACGAAUGUGUAUUCUUUUUGUUCUGAUAUUUCAAUUGGCACCUAUUCUAAGGUACUUUGAUGCUUUAAAAUAUGCCUUAAGAUCUCAGAAGGCGGAAAAAGAUCAAGAUGUAGAAAACCAAAGGAAAUAUUAUGAACUUAUGGUCAAAGAAGAUUCAGAUGUAGCUUUGUUAAGAGUCUUAGAAUGUUUUUUGGAAGCUGCCCCACAACUUAUACUCCAGUUAGCCAUUAUAUUUCAGAGCCAUGGAAGAGAAAUAGAGGGAAAUACAUUUACUAUUAUCCAUCAACUGUUGUCUAUAGGCAGUUCCUUUGUGAGCAUGGCUUGGGCAAUGGCAUCUUACCAAAGACUUCUGAGGGUGGCGCUGAAAACCAAAAAUAAUAUUUCUUGGGCGGGAACCUUCGUACAGUUCAUGUGGCACUUCUUAGUCACCGUGUCAAGAAUUCUUUGUAUCAGUGUGAUAGCCUCGAUAUACCCCACGGAGACCAUUUUGAUUAUUAUAGGACAUUGGUUUGUGAUGACGCUGUGGUUGGCGUGUACCAGCGCUAAAAACAAUUUUUGCAAUCACAACUCCCUGUACGACUUUCUGUUCUACUGUAUUUUAGGCGCCGUCUAUAUAUUUACACACGUCGUUUUGGUGGAGGGUCCCACGUGCUGCAAAUACGUAAUCUUCUACUGCGUCCUGUUCGCCGAAAACACCAUAGCCAACGUGGUCUGGAUCGUCAACGCCGAUCAAGAAUUGCGACAAAAAGUCUAUUAUCUGCCUAUCAUACUCCUGAACGUAAUUCCGUUCUUCCUCGGUCUAAUUUUCAUGUUACUAUACUAUAAAGUUUUUCAUCCAAAUCUAAAUACAGGAUAUAAACCACAAAGGACUGCAGUCGUCACUCCCGAAGCUGCUACUAGCUAG